AUGGAAAGAGUAUUCAAGAUGGCGGAAAGUGAAGGUGACGAUCUUGAUCCGGCUAACGAAAACCCAAAAAAUAAUGAGUUAAACAACGAUUCAAGUAAUGGUGAAGUGUUUAAAUGUUGUGGAAAAAGAGCUACUACCAUAGUAUGCAAAGUGUGUUCAGCGUUAUUUCACUUUAGCUGUGCAAACAGAGCUAACAAAAUUAGAAGGUUAGAAGCCAAUUUCUGUAUUUGUUUGGAAUGUGAAGAUCAUUCGACAAAAAAUGGUCAAAGUUCCGAUGCAAUUUCGUACUUCAAGCAACAGAUCAGCUAUCUAACAAAUGAGGUAACCCUAAAAAACCGUAUUAUAAAAGAGUUGGAAGAAAAAAAUGGAAUAUUGGUUGAAAAUAACAUCGUUCUGAAAGAAAACAAUGGUCUAUUGGUGGAAAAAAUCCAAAGAAUUCUCUACGACGAGAUAAACAAAGUAAAAAAAACAGACCUUCAAAACAAAAAAGACCUUCAUAAUAACGAAAAUAUCCCAAUGCCACAAAAAGGACUUGGCAACGCUGUUAAUCAACAACCCGAUACCGCCGAAGAUAAUCAAUUGAACAAAGUGUCCACUACUCCCACCUACUCCAGAGUAGUUAAAGCUGCACAGGGCCGCCAGAAUCUGCGCAUUUCCAUUCCUGCCAAGCGAAGCGGCAAUAUUAAUCCAAACAACCAACAAUCAGCUGGUUCUGACAUAUCGAGUUCCCAAAAAAAGCAAAACAAACAGUCCGCGAAUACAAAUAAAGAAUUAUCGAAGUCGCCUAUUAUUAUUUUUAGCGAUAACGAAGACAAACAACAGGAUGGUUUUGUGUUCCCGAGAAAAAUGUUUAAGAAAAAGCGGCUUGGAAAAGCUCAACCUACUCAAGAAGGGAAUUUUGUCGGUGGGGACCGCAAGGUAUGGCUCUAUCUGUACAGAGUUAAGAGAGAGUGCACUGAAACCGACAUUAUUACUUACAUAAAAACUCAACCAGGCUUUACCGAUCUACCAGUCACUGUUCGUGAAAUACCAUCUGAGCAGAACAAACUAAAGUGCUUUGUGGUCACAGCCCCAUUACAAAAAAAGGACCAAAUGUAUGACCCAGAAUUUUGGCCACAAUUUGUUGGGGUGAUUUUUUACCCAAAAACUAAAUAA